AAAACAAAAAUAAUUUUAAGGGUGAAUUCAUUCGAUAUUUGAAAAUCAACGCAAAAACAUCAACUAACAGAAAAAUGGGCUAUAUAAAAGUUUUGGCAUUUUUGGCUUUAGUGGCCCUGGCUAAGGGACAAAAGAAUACCGUGAGCCACUAUUAUGGUGAACACAAUACUUCUGUUAUACGCAAUGAUGACUACGUUGAUGCCCAUCGCCGUCAAUAUGCUGGCAACAUUUGGUUCUAUGAUUUUCAAAUCAACCAAUUCAAAGAGGCCUAUUUGGAACGCGUAAACUCUCUGGAAUAUCAAAAGGACGCAUUGUUGUAUGAACUUGUCCGUGUCGACGAACAUUUGUAUCCCAUUACAUUGCUGAGUGACUUUAGCAAAUCGUGUGUUCAAAAAUACCAACCAUUGAUCCCACAGAUGUCAUGGGCCAAGAGCGAGGUGGAUCGUUGUAUUAGCGCAGCCAGUGCUCAAGCUAACAACUUGAUCUCAGCCAUGUCCUCUACAAAUCGCACUUUGCAGAGCCACUACGCCACGGCGUUUGAAAGGGAAAUUAACACGUGUAAAAACAAAUUCAAUGUUACUACUAGCAACUACACCAUGUGUGUGGCCAAUGCUGUGGCCAUAUCGAAUACCUAUACCCUUAAUAAUCAAAACCAAUUUUCCAAUCAAAUGCAAGCCGCUAAAAAUUCAGCUGAUGUCCUUGUCAAAACUGAACAAGAAUGUACUUUUGGUAUCUACAAUACCACAUUAAGCAGAAUAUCGGAAGCAAAUACCCGCAUUGAUGGAUGCCUGAAUGGCAUGGAUGACUGCACGAAUUGCAAGGGUCACUACUGCGAGGAAACCUACCUGUGGCCUGCGUCACACAUCAACCCUAACAAUGCCACCAUGAACAAUCCAUGGUAUGGACGCAAUGUAACUACCGGUUGUUUAAUGUUGAAUAUCUUUUAAAGAAUGAAUGGAAAUCUCAAUUUCCUAAUGAAUCAGAAAAUUGUGAUAUAAUUAAAAAUUUUAAAAUUAAAAAAAAAAAAACAAAAAUUUAUUUUAAAAGAUAUUGCUAAGGCUAACAAAAAUAAUUAAAAGAAGUUAACAGCAACAA